AUGAUGAAUGCUUUAGCACUGGCAGCAGCCGCAGCGUACGCUGCGGGCCCACAGCUCCCCGAUUUUACAGCAGUUGGGGAUUCGGACCACGGCGAUCGCCAUCGGUAUCCAGGCCAAAUAGGCAGCUCCGUAUCACGCCAUCCGACCUUUCACCAACAGCAACAACAAGCUGCCGCAGCAGCGUUUGCUGCCCUACCACAAUUUAACAUCGGAGGACAUCGGCUGCCAUCCUCCCAUCGGUAG